AUGGGAUUGAAGUUGCUGGGGUUCGUGAUCUUCUUUGCAGAGUUUGUAUUUCUGCACUACCACACCAUGGCGAUCCUCUUCACUUCCGUGAACGCGCGUGAAGCAACGAUCUCCCUGGCCAGUGACUUUGAGCUCUGCAUUUACUACCUCUGCGGGAUGCUCUACCUGAUGGUCUGCAUGCUGCAGAUCAAGCAUUCGCUGCCCUCCCUCAGUAACGACUCGCUUCGGCCGAAGACGGCGUCGCUUUACUCGGCCAGAUCGGUCAUCACAGAGAAGAUCUGCUACUUUGCUUUCCUCUUCCACUACAACAUGCCCUUCGUGGACGACAUCCGCAUCAUCGUCGACUGGACCGUGGCCCCGACGAGCCUCGACCUGUGGAUGUAUUGGAAAGUCGAAGACGCGCACACGGUGUUCUAUCGUUCCAGGCACGUCAUGUUCGUCCGGAGCCAGUCGUACUACGCGGAAGAGCGGGAUUCUCUUGAGAAGGUGUAUAGCGGCUGGGCGAUCCUUUGCUUGGUGAUUCUGGUCAUUCUCAUGCCCAUCAUCAUCUUCUCUCCCAUCUCGCCAUUUCCGAACACCGUCUUGAUCGACGAAGCGCGGCUCAGUCUUGAGAUGACGGUGGCCAGCGCCUGCUAUGGAAUGGCCCACGCGCGAGAACUUUGCAGGUAUGUGGAGUUGCAGCUGUUCGAGUCACCGGCGCUGCAGAUCCAGAACUACAACGUCUCGGCCAAACAGCAGUACCUCAGGGACAAUCCCCGCGUCAACACGGACAUCGACAUUCAGGAUGUUAGAUGGCCCUGGCAUUCAGAGGUACGAUUUAAGGCCUCCCCAGCAGCGGUGGCCGAGGUGCGGAGCAUCUUGGAUCGUACCGAAGCUGGGGGUGGGCCACCCGUGACGAUUGCCUUCGUUCUCCGCUACACACUCACGCGGGCCGUGCUGGGGCAGACGGAGCACAUCAGAAGCAUUUGCUCGUGUACCCCUCGGAGCAGCUGCGCAACAGGGGACAACAGCGCCUGGCCGUCUCGGAUCGUCCACCUUUGUCGCCCCACACCUGCGACGUCGGAAGUGACGGAGUCCACGGUCUCCUCGCCGCUGGACAUGCUUCUGAACCAGUCCAGGGCAUUCUGGCGCCAAGCCAGCACGCCCGGCCCCGAAGAGGCCAGCCUCGACAUACCGAAUCUCUGGUCUCCAAGCGUCAACCUGGGCAACGAUGGGCUGACCGAAAGAGGUGCGGUCGAGGGCUUUGUCUACGGCAUUGCUCCCGCAGACCUGAACUGCUCCAAUCCUUCGGGCGUCGUCUCUUGCGCCCCGCAUCGAUGGGGCCGGCUAUGGAGAGACGUCCUGGCACACGCGGGGAACAGCUCGGAGCUGCACGAACAGGAGCCUGUGCCGCUGCAGCUGAAAGUGGAGUUGGAGAAGUCGGUGAACGUCCAAGGCGUGACCGGCGACACGAGCAGCAGCUACACUUCUGCUCUAGGCCUUUACGUGGCCGUCGUCCUCGUGGCGGGCAGGUAUCUGCGCACCGCGUUCCAGGGAGCUUCAAAGCAAGCGAUCUACGAUGAGAUUCCAGAUGCACACGUCUUCCUCGACAUCAUUGAGGCGAUCAAGAUGGCGAGGGAGCACAACGACCUGCGAAUAGAGUUCGAGCUCUACUACUGCCUCAUGCAGGUGUUGCGGUCGACUCACAUUUUGCUUCGCACGGGAGGUCACCAGCCUCGAGUGUACGGAAUUGGUCGAACAAAGGAGCAGCACAUCAAGGGCGAUGAUGCCGAGGAGGUGGUCCGCCUCUAA